AUACAGCAUUAUAAGUGAUGGCAUUCGAUGUACCGCACACUCUCUGUGUGGAUAAAGUUAUUGUACAAAUGGGAACGUUUUAGAUUUUUCUCUCGGUGAGGCAUUCUGUGGCUAGAGUUUUCUCCGCCCAUAAUGAGCUGCGCUGUGGCAGUCUGACAGGUUUAUUCACUUCGUCAAAUUCCACUGAUCACCGGUGUCACCCGUGAACAGAAACGUACCUGUUAACAUAAUAACGAUAUAUACAUAUAGAAUCAAUGGCCAAUUCCCGUCGCUGACCUUGACUUGGUCGUUUGUGAACUGGACAUCUAAACUCGGAGAAACUUUAAUCUCUCAACAGGAGGUUGAGAAUUGCCCGAACGCGAGAUGGAGAACGAGUGCUCGGACAUGAAGGAUGACGAGACGCUGAUGUGGGAGAACGUGGAGAGCAAACGGCAUUUCCUGAGCCGGUGCAUCAGCCCCAACAAGCUGACUCCGUACCUGCGGCAGUGCAAGGUUAUCGAUGAGCAGGAUGAGGACGAGGUGCUUAACUCACACAUGCUGGUGUCCAAAGUCAACAGGACAGGCCGGCUGUUGGAUAUCUUGCACACAAAGGGGCAGCGUGGCUAUGUGGUGUUCCUUGAAAGCUUGGAGUUUUACUACCCUGAGCUCUACAAACUGGUAACGGGAAAGAACCCCACUCGCAGAUUCUCUUCAAUUGUAGUGGAGGAGGGUCAUGAAGGUCUCACGCAGUUCCUGAUGAACGAGGUGAUCAAGCUGCAGCAGCAGACCAAGGCAAAGGACGUGCAGCGCGUGGAGCUCCUGAGCAAACAUCGCACCAUGGAGGACGAGCACAAGAAGCUACGGCUCAUCAACCAGGAGCUCUUCACCUUCCAGGAGCGCUACAAUAAGAUGAAGGAAGAGAGGAACAACUACAAUGACGAGCUCAUGAAGGUCAAGGACGAGAACUACAACCUGGCCAUGCGCUACGCCCAGCUCAGCGAGGAGAAGAACAUGGCAGUCAUGAGGAGCAGGGAUCUGCAGCUGGAGAUCGACCAGUUAAAGCACAGAUUGAACAAGAUGGAAGAGGAGUGCAAGCUAGAGAGGAAACAGUCCCUGAAACUGAAGAAUGACAUCGAGAACCGUCCCCGCAAAGAGCAGGUGCUGGAGCUACAGAGGGAGAACGAGGUGCUGAAGAUGAAAAUCCAGGAGCUGCAGUCCAUCAUACAGCCUGGGAAGCACAUUGUGCCCGACUCAGACAAAGCCAUCUUGGAUAUCCUAGAACAUGAUCGUCAGGAGGCCCUGGAGGAUCGUCAGGACCUGGUGAACAGGCUGUAUAAUCUACACGAUGAGGUGCAUCAAGCGGAGGAGCUCAGGGACAAGUAUUUGGAAGAGAAAGAAGAUCUGGAGCUGAAAUGCUCAACGCUUGUGAAAGACUGUGAGAUGUACAAAAACCGCAUGAACACCAUGAUGAUCCAACUGGAAGAGGUGGAGAGGGAGCGUGACCAGGCGUUCCGUUCCCGCGACGAUGCCCAGACCCAGUUCUCACAGUGCCUCAUCGACAAGGACAAGUACCGCAAGCAGAUUCGUGAGCUGGAGGAGAGGAGUGACGAGCUCCACAUUGAGAUCGUCAGAAAGGAGGCCAAGAUAGUCAACUUGGAAUCCAAACUGCGACGCAUGUCCAAAGAUGCCAACUGUCUGGACCAGAGUUUGCCAAGAAAUAUCCCUUUAACAAUCAUCUCCCAGACCUUCGAUCAGUCGUGCACAAAGACUAACGGUCAAGACAUGGUUGAGCCAGACUCUGAUGACGAUUCACCUGAAGACAAUGAGUUCUUCCAACCUCCGCCACUCUCUCCUCGGCUGAAACGCAGACCCAAUUUAAAGGGAAUUACGCUUGCCAGAGCAAAAUCGCCAAUAAAUGUAACCAAACCCCCAGAUUUCCAAGCUGCGACAGCUGCAAAUGGGGAUUUGUCUGAAGCAACCAGCACAGGGACAGACACCAUCUCAACUCACACAAACUCCCUCAAUAAUUCAUUCAACUCCAUCAAUGGAUGUGAAGUGAUUAAUAAACUGACGCUGCGCGGUCGAAAUGACAGUAUAAUCCCAGAGCCCCCCUGUAACGAUUCCAUCGUCCGGCGUCAUAAAGAAAGAGAACACAGCACCCAACCCAGAAGCAAUUUGGAUCUUGAUAGUGACAGUGGGGAUAACAUGGAACUUUAUGAUGAAGAUCAUGAAAGAUUCUACUUUGGACCAUCCUCUCUUCACUCCUCGUCUUCCUCGCAUCAGUCCGAGGGACUGGACUCCUAUGACCUGGAGCAACAAGUCAACAACAUUUUCAGGAAGUUUUCACUGGAGAGACCCUUUCGCCCUUCCGUGACCUCGUUCAGUCGUAUCAGCAACACGCUGAGGCCCGUGCAGGACGUCACGCUGCCUGGGGACAGCCUGCUGUCAGAGAUCACGUUGUUGGGCGGGAACGACAGCGGGAUUUUCGUCUCAUCCGUUCAGCAGGGUUCCAGCGCAGAGACGGCGGGGCUCAGAGAGGGACAGCACCUCCUGCUGCUUGAAGGCUGCAUAAGGGGAGAGAAUCAGAAGGUGCCCCUGGACACCUGUACCAGAGAAGAAGCACACUGGACACUGCAAAGGUGCAAUGGGCCAGUUACACUGCACUUCAGACCCAACUAUGAUGGUUACAGAAAACUGCGGAAGGAAUUAGAUGAUGGUUCAGUCACGUCCGGGGACUCCUUCUAUGUGCGCUUGAACUUGAACAUCUCGGGGCAGGUGGACAGCUGUUCUCUGAGUGUGAAGUGUGAUGAGAUUGUGCAUGUCCUGGACACCAUGUACCAGGGGAAGAGCGAGUGGCUGUGCGCCCGGGUCGAUCCCUGCAACGACAAAGACAUGGAAAAGGGAACGCUUCCCAGUUACACCAGGGCCCAGCAGCUGCUUCUUGUGAAAAUCCAGAGGUUGAUGUACAGAGGCAGCAGAGAUGAGACUGACAGUCAGUACAGUACACUCCGAGGUCUCAAGAAUACACUGCAGCCUGAGGAGGCGCCACCUCAGCCAGAUCUGAAAUCUAGCCCUCGUCUCUCCAGAGCCAGCCUGUUUCUUGGACACAUCUUACAGUUUGUCAGCAGGAAUGAAAAGUACAAGAGGAUGAACAGUAGUGAGCGCGUGCGCAUCGUCAGUGCAGGCGCCACCACACCCACCCGGCACACAUUCGAAGCUGUCAAACAAGAUGUUCCAGAUUUAGAUCCUGAGAACGACCUAAACAAGAGUCUGAACCUGAUUCCCUACAGCCAUGUAACAGCGAAUCACUCCCAUCGCAAGCGGCCCGUGCUCUUCUGGCCCACUGCGCUCGCUAAAACCAUCGUCCACAAGCUGCUCAAUGCAGGGGGAGCUAUGGAGUUCAACAUGUGCAAACCAGAUAUUUUGACAAAGGAUGAGUUUUUGCAGAAACAAAAGAUAGAGCCCCUUAUUUUCUCCCGGGAGAAGAAUGCCAAUACUUUCGAAUGUAUCACAACAGAAAUUAUUGAGGCCGUCGCUGCAAAGAAUAAGCAUUGCUUGUUGGAAGCUGGAUUGAGCUGCACGAAAGAUUUGAUCCGAAGAGAAAUUUAUCCCAUCAUUAUCUUCAUCAAGGUCUCUGAAAAAAACAUCAAGAAAUUCAGGAAGUUGCCACUCAAGAUGGACUCAGAAGACGAGUUUCUGAAAAGUUGUCGAGCGAAGGAGAAAGAGCUGGAGGCCGUGCCCUGUCUCUAUUCCACAGUGGAGGCUGAUGCUUGGAGCGGGAUUGAGGACCUCCUGAAGGUCAUCAAGGAGAAAAUCCUAGAAGAGCAGAAGAAGACUGUUUGGAUUGAGCAGGACCAGCUCUAGUUACGACGUGGUGCUGCCAACAAGAUACAUAUAGAUUGGGCUACACUAACAGGUUCCCUUUAGUGGCAAUGCGUUAUUUCAAAGUAGGAACCCGGAGACUGUUGUUCACAGUGUGAUGGGAACCCUCUGUGGUUUUGCAGUUAUGACCUGGUGUUGAUGGUGGUUGUGAUGGAGAAAUAUAACUUUCUUGCUGAAUAAUCAACAUUGCUGAUUGUUUAAUGUUUAUCAGCAGCCACAGGAAGCAUGGUGCAGUAUAAUAAGGGGUUCUGCUGCAUGCAGUACAGUAAUAUGGCUUGGCCUGUCACAGUUAGCAAUGAGAAUGCUGAAGCACCAAUGCAAAGGCAUGUCACGUUCUUACUGCCACAAUGCAGUCAUCCCAGUACUAAAAAAACUCUCAAGACUGCUGCACUGUAAGUUUCGUAUGUUCUAGUUUGUUUAUUUAACCAGGAGAUUUACCCACUGAGACCAAGGCCUCAUUUACAAGGGGGUCCUAAUUUGUGUCUUAUGUAACUAUUGCUGCUCGUGGUACUCUGAGCGAUCCUUACUUCUUCUGUGUGAUCAGUUACUAGAAAUGUUGUUAAGGUUCACUCAAUAAAGGUUAAAAGAUAAAGCUUUUUAGAUCACCCUUACUGGUGACCCUUAUAAAAGUUUACUACAGUUGAAGCAUAGAAAAGUGAAAUAAAGUAUAGGCAAGCAUUGUAAAGCCCAGAGAGGUACAGCAAAGCAUAUAAAAAAUAAAAAAAAAAACAUGGCAACCCCCAGUAAACUAUGGGAAACAUGUAGUAUAACUAUGUGAAAAACAUGGGCAAACUACAAAAUUACAGUGCCAGUUUUAGAAAAACACAUUUCAACGUUUCUAAUAAGGCUGUUGAUUCAUCCAGUGAAAAAUACUUUUGUGUAACAUUACAGUAUGUGUAGGAGUGACUGCGAUGUGAACACAUAUACCACAAUCCAAUUGGAAAAGGUCAUGUCUUGCUGUCUUUAAAGGAAUAUGAAAUGAUUUAAUUAAUCAGUCAUAUUUGGAACAUAUAUUCUACUGUGAAAGCAAAAACUGUUGGCUCAACAAACUAGUUAUUCUUAGAAGAUUUAAAGAAAGUAAAACGUCAUUUAACUGUUUAUCCCAAAAUUUGAAUUGUUCAAAUAUAUCCAAGAAUAGAGUCUUGUAAGCCUUAUUUUGUGAUACUAACAGUGUGUUUUUGAAUGUAUUAUACUAAUAUUGUAAUUUGAGUUUGUGUGUUGUAGAAAAGACUUGAAUGUAGCUUUUAUUUUUAUUUUUUUAGAUACAGUUGGCUCUUUUUAUUAAGUUAUGAACCAGUAAAGAACUUUUCACAAAAUUUACAACAUACAUUUUUAUAGCCUGAAAUUCCCUUGUUUUCCUAAAAAUCUCACUUGUAUAUCUUGUUCUUGAAUCACUCAGAGUUUCUGAUUGUUAAUGAAACACUGUACUUUACUGAAGGAAAAUAUUGUACAGUAUUUUUGUUCACAGCAGGUAAUAAUUCUUAUAAAUCCACUUACUACCAUGUUAAAAAAAAAAAAAAAAAAAGAGUCUUACUUAUGGUUUAAAACUGAGGGAACACAAAGCUACUUUUUCAGGAACAGUGGCUUGAAAUCUGGUUCAGGGAGACAUAGUUUUAGGUUACUUUGCUGUAUCAAACCCCAAGUCUCCCCUGCAGCCGUUUUUUCAAAACUUUGGCAAGCCGAUUUCUGCAUUUGAUCGGGAUUAAUAUUGAGAAAUUAGGUUUUUCAAAACAUCAACAUGUGAUCGGGAUUACUGUGAUCUGGAUAUGAUCAUCUGAUUGCACUUUUAAUCGCAAUAAAAUGUUAUAAUUGGGUUUUUCAGAAUUUAUACAAAAUAUCAGGAUCCUACUGUGAAGGUGGAUUUCACUUUUAAAUAAUCAUAGAACACAGAUAUAUUGUUUGAAUUUCGACAGAAAACACACACUAUAUGCAAAUAUUACACGUUUCACAUAUUUAUUUAAGUCUGAUUUAGUGGUAUAGCUUUUAUCAAAUGAUUUUUUUUAAACGUAUAUGUGCGUGCUGUGUAGAAAUUAAGAUGUGGGGAAAAUGACAUAUCUUUAGUGUAAAACAUCGAGGAGAAGCAGUUCUUUAUAGUGGCAUCCCUCACUGCCCAUCCAACUAGUUGAUCCUGUUGUGGUUCUGCUAAAAGGUGCAUAAUGGCUCCAGCAGGUCGGUGCUCAAAUCCUCAUCUUCAGUGUCUGGUACAUUGCGCUUGAUAGCGAUAUUGUGCAAAAUAAUGCAGGCUAGAAUUAUGGUGCAUGCUUGUAGAGGUUCCAUACACAGGUAAUUCAGACAAGCGAAUUGUCUUUUAAGCACCCGGCUGAUAUAUUUUACUGUGCAUCUCAUUUUAGUAUGGGUAUCAUUGAAAUACUUCUGCGUUGCUAUAGUGGGAUUGGCAUAAAGUGUUGUUAGCCAGGGUAAAAGUGACUUGUCUGAUUUAAAAAAAAAUUUUAAAAAAAUUAUAAUAAAAUUUUUUUAAAAGUUUUAAUAUAAAACAUAAUAAAAAAACACUGUGUAUUAUACUCAUAAUUAUCACCUUAUUUAUCUAAGUUGGGAUAUAUCAUAAAUAAUGGCCUUCUAUUUAAAGAAAUAGGCUAUAAACUAUUAAGAAUUACUUAAAACGGAUUUCGUAAUUGUGACAUUUGUAAUCUGGAUAAAUGUAAUCCAGCAGUGGGAUGUUCUGAAAAACCGCAUCAAAAUGAUCCAGAGCACAAGUUCUGAAAAACCAGCCCCUGGUGUGCUAUGCAGUGGCCUGAAACCUAGUCUCCUGAAACCAAGUUCCAAGCCAAAAAAUGGCUUUGUGCUCCCUCAGCUUAAGUUUCACUGGUAGUCUUUCAUCAGGGGACGAGUUUAAGGACAAAGUUUAAUUUUCCAAAUACUGUCUGAUUCAUUCAUAAAAAAAGUGCAAUGGUAACCUGGCCAAGUGGUUCACAGACUUGACACAGACAAAAAGUCAUGAAAAAGUAAAUACUGAAUCAUUUUUCAUUAUUGUUUUAUUCUUAAGUUCUCAAUGUUUUUUUUUUUUUUUAGUUAUUUAUCUCAUUUGGUAAUAUACGAAAUAGUAACCAACUUAUUUGCCAUUAAAAGCUGUCCCGCUUUGUUUUAGUGUUGUAGAAAGGGGGCUUUUGAUUGUACACCAGUUGAAAAGCCUAGUCUUUUCAGCGUUUCUUUUAUGAGUCCGAGGUAAGUGCGGCCUACCAUCCACGUCUUUGUAAAUUGUCAAUUUGUAUUAUCUUUUGAGUGUUUUUAUAAACAUGUGUAAAUAGAUAUAGAUAUAUACAUUAAAAGAAGACUAUUGCCUUAUUUUUCAGUUAAGGGGAUAUUUUUUAUUCCAAAUGUGUGUUUUCAAGAUGCUAAUACGCAUAAAUAUCAAUGAAUGCUUCUCUUUCUGACAUGUGGCAUUUCAUAGCAGCAUAGCAGUUCAAGUAUUAAAAUGGUACAAUACCAUGUAAGACUAGGCUUUACAUACAGAACCAUGGCAAGUGCCCAGACUAAUUUCAGUGUAUGCCAGCUAGUAAACGGAUAAUCGACCCACACACUCUGAAAGCACCGAGGACAUACUGGAAGAUCGAAAACCUACUGCAACCUCCUACCCUUUAAAAACGUUUCCAUAGUAAAAGCAUAGCAAAGUGUGGUAGAGCACUGUGAAAAUAAUGUAAAGCCUAGGGAAGCAUUGCGAAGACCAGUUUGGUAUGAUAAAGCAUAUAAAAACAUGGCAAACUAUGGUAAAUAGAUAGG